CCGAGAGUCAGUUCGCUGCGGCCCGCGGUCCCCAACCUCGGCGCGCGCGAUGGCACACGCGACCCCGCCGAGCGCGCUGGAGCAGGGCGGCCCCAUCCGCGUGGAACACGACCGCCAACGCCGCCAGUUCUCCGUGCGCCUCAACGGAUGUCAUGACCGGGCUGUCCUGCUCUAUGAGUAUGUGGGCAAGCGGAUCGUAGACCUGCAGCACACAGAGGUUCCAGAUGCUUACCGUGGGCGUGGCAUUGCCAAGCACCUGGCCAAGGCCGCCCUGGACUUCGUGGUGGAGGAAGACCUGAAGGCUCACCUCACCUGCUGGUAUAUCCAGAAAUACGUCAAGGAAAACCCCCUGCCACAGUACCUGGAGCGCCUACAGCCAUGACCCUGGCCACUGUGUGCAGGAGUGCACCCUGUGGGCCUUCCACGUGGGCCUCAGCCAGCUCAUGUGCUCUCAGGAACCUGUUCCCAUGGGGACAGGCUCAGAGUUAUUUUUGCAAGGACACUCAUCUGCAGCCCUCAUCCAGAAUUCUGGGGACCAGCUGCUGGCUAAGGAUGUGUGGAUAUCCAGAGUGGAAUGAAGGACAGGCCAAGUGGCCAAGACCCUCUUCCCACAGAGGUCUGGCUUUGCUGAGGUUCUUCUUCCACCAGCCGCACAUCCCGUCUAGCCUGGCUACUGGGUCCCUGCUCAGAUCAGCAAGAGGGUGAGGUAGAGUCCCCGCCACCACGUCCUGGAGCUGUGUCCUUCCUGCAAAUGAGGAGGGCGUUCCUGGAGCCAAGAAGAACAACAGGAACCCUAUGUGCCAGCUUCCCAAGGAGGGGGUGCCAAGCCUUAGCCACUGCCAGUGAAACCCUUUCUCUUUCUCAGACUUGCGUGCCCUGGCACAGGCAGUGGAACAGCAGCAGAGAGCACGUUCCUGGUGUGAGAGCUGUGCCCCCGGCCCCUCUGUGGGCAUGCACACCGGCACAUGAGCACAGAAACAGGGCAGGUGACAGUGAAUGCCUUCCUCUCCUUGGUUACCCACACCGUACAUGAUCCUUGGCUGAGGGUCUGCUUUCCCAUGGAUUCAACUGCUGGAGUCAGUUCAAAGGACAGUGUUGGUCUGCUGAACAGUGCAGUAUCCUCGGCCCUCUCUGACCUUCCAGCAGCACUACCAGGCCUUUCUUGAAGGUCACCUUGGAGAUGGGUGGGAAGGUGACGCACAAAAUCCAUUUUGUAUCCUCUCUUGUGUUCCUGGCUUCUGGUCGUCUGUCUCCACUGCUGCUUAGCCACUCCGGACACCUUCCCACUCUGCAGGAGUACUGAAAUCUGUAGCAGGAGACCGUGUAUCCUGACUGGCUCAGAACCCUUGAGCCUCACUCACCACUGCAGUCAUGCAUGGGUCUUCAUGGUCCCCACCCUUGGCAUUUCCCUACCUCUUGCGCCCCUGACUCUUACCCUGUGCUUGAUGUUCCUUUUCCAGCCUCCUAUAACUCCGGGAUGACCCAAAAUACCUCCCCUGCCCUUCUCUGUCUGCCAGGAACUCUUUUUCCGGGUCCAGACAAACCCUGGGCCUCUAGGAAGACAUUGCUGACAGUAUUCUGCCAGCUGUGAUGGCAGUGUGUCUACAACACAGUACUUGAAUGAGGGUCCCUGACUCGUGGACCCAAGAAGAGUGGCUAGGCUUCCUCGGUGAACUUGUUUCAAGUCGCUGCAGGGUGGCCUGAGCAUCCUCACUGCCUUGGCAGCCUUAAAGUCCCACUGCCCAUGUCCCGGAGGCUUCCCAGCCUUGCGGUGUAGCAAUAACCAUAUCUCUGCCUCUUCCUCUUGGCCAACCAAUACUGCCCAGCUGGGCCACUCUGGUGCUACCCAUCUGCCUCUCCAUCCCACCUGCUCCAUGUCCCGGCUCACUCCAGGAGUCCAUGGUUAGCCACUGGUCGCUCGGCUUCAUGUUCCUUCAGUAGGUCUGUGCUGUGGUCAGUUUUUACCCUGGGGUUUCUCUUCCUUGCCCAGUCUACCCAGGCAGUAACUCAUGUGCCUUUCCUACUCAAUCUGCCACCAGUAGUAUCUGGGCCAAGGCUGGUCUUGAGACCUACAUCCCCCUCAUUUUUCUGACUUUUGAACAGAUUGCAUGAUCCUGUUGGUAACUGAUAAAAGACUAAGGCACAGAGUGAAGGACUGGGGAAGAGAUAGAUUGUGUAGGAAGCGGUCCUCCCUGGCGUCCAGCUUGUUUCUUGGUCCUCAGCACUACCUGCGUAGUGGGACCCCCCCACACUUCAGGGGAGCCUAUGCUCUGAAGGCUACCAUGGGCUGAUGGGUCUCCCAGCACAAUAGUGGUAAUUAGCAUUGGGAUUCCUACUCCUCAUUGCCUGGGCAACAGCUUUAUAGGGAUUCCUAGAAGAGGUCAUGGUCCCACACUAGCCUCUCAUACAUGAGCUGCUCUUUGCCCGAAGUUGGUCAUUUGGGGAUUCUUGGCCCAACGUUGGUAAACACAGGAGCAGUGCAAGUUUUCCAAAACAAGAACACAGAGAAUCUGCUCAUGCCAGCUCCUCUUAAAUGGGACCUAACCCACUAGGGCUUGGGUAGCUAGUAUACAUUGUGGGCCCUAAAGUGGUUUUACCGUUAAUUCUCAUGAAAAGCCCAAGAGACACCAGUUAUUGGACCUGUCCUGCAGAGGACAGGGUCAGAUUGAGGGAGUCACCAGCCUGUAACCCAUACAGCUAGACAGCCCAGGAUCCAAAACUAAUCCUUGUCCUCUAGAUGGUUCCCAGCUCGUGUGUUGUGAUCAGAUGUCUACUUUGGGAAACAAUACAUAGAUACAGUUUUUAGCAGUUCCCUUAUUCCUUUGAAGGACUGAGAUAGGGCUCUGUCUUGAAUUAUAAGGUACAUGGCCAACAUCCAGAAGUCUGGCUUGAGAACAGGAACACUCCCCUGGAGCACCAGGCCACUCACCUAUUGUUCCUCAGAUCAGGACUUGGGUUGGUCAAGACCUCCCACAAGUCUUUCUACUCAGGGUUCUACUUCCAACUCAUUGCCCUACAUUUCGUACAUGAGAUCCUGUGCAGCUGUGGGCUGAGCUUGUAACUGCAACCUCCAGGAUCACAUUUAGGGAUUUCAGCUGUGUCCUAUGGCUUCAAGAUAUUAAAGAUGCUUUUCUGGUUGU